CUGUGCAACGUUUAUCACGCGUAUUCCCUUGUCACUGUGCGCCGCGUAUCUGAUGCACGCGGUCAUUGUUCACAUGUGCUGUUGUAUCGCCAGCCAAUCGCAUGCCUCGACUGCACCCAUGCUCCCUUUAUAAGGCGAAGCCACUGAAUCGUUGCUGUCUGUUUUGUUCAUGUUGCUGUCCGAAUAAAUACUACUUGACUUCACGGCGUCUCUGGUCAACAUGGCGACGAGGAUGGGAUCGUUCGGGCAGAGGCAAUGACCAAGCCUGAGGAAACUGCAACGACGCCACGGCAAGCGAGGACAUCAGUGAUGACCACCACCCUGGGAUCCUUGGCCGAGUUCUGCCCAGACUCUGGCAAUAUCGAAGUCUACCUGGAAAGGUUCGACCUGUAUGCAACCGCCAGUGGAAUAGACGCAAGUAAGAAGUUGCAAGUCUUCUUAACAAUCCUGGGUGAAAAGGCUUACGUGACUCUGCGUAGCCUGCUGCUGCCGAAGAAACCAACGGAAGUCAAGUACGAAGAAGCUACAGAAGCUCUCCGAAAGCACUAUGCUCCAAAACGGUCAGUGGUUACCGAACGGUAUCACUUUUACCAGCGAAAGCAAGAGCCGGAUGAAAGCCUAAAACAGUUCAUCGUUGAGCUGAAAAGACUGGCUGCAAUGUGCUCGUUUGGAAGCUUUUUGGAAGAAGCACUCCGGGAUCGACUGAUUGCUGGAAUCAGGACGGAUUCGAUUCGAUGCCGUCUUCUUGCCCUGUCAGACGACGAAGUCACCUGGGAGCGAGUAUGCAAAAUUGCCACCGCCUUGGAAACGGCCCAGAAAGACACCCGAGAAAUGCUACCGGAGGGGUCAACCGCCAGUCCUGCGGACGUUUACUGGCAUCGGGAGCCCACCACGCAAGGCAGGCGACACGCGACGAAGACCGCUAGCAACGAGCAGCGUGCCCCCCAAAACGGUCCAAGGAAGCAACGUGGGAAAGGCACUGUUCGCGCCUGUUAUAGAUGCGGCGGACUGCACGCGCCAGUGAGUUGUCCUUUUCUCAAAAGUACCUGCUUCAAAUGCUCGAAGCCAGGGCAUGUAGCGAAAAUGUGCAAAACAAAGGUCGUGCACAAAGUUGAGGAGACCUUGCUGUCAACAGACUUGCUUACUGUUAGUACGACUAACCAAGUUCAUAGCUCUCCGCCUAUUGUGCUUAAAGUAAAAGUAAACGGCAAGGAGAUUCCGAUGGAACUAGACACGGGAGCAGCUGUGACCAUAAUGUCUGAAAGAGACUUUGAUGAAAAUUUUCCAAACUAUCCAUGUUCCAAAGACGACGUGCGUCUAGGAGUGUAUAAUGGCACUGCACUCAAAGUGAAAGGCGUAGCAAACGUCAAUGUAUCUUAUCAGAACCGAAGCUACAAUCUGCCUCUGAUAAUUGCAAAGCAAGAAAAUGAAGCCCGCAUGCCGACGCUUUUAGGUCGCGAUUGGAUGACUACACUAAAAGUUGACUUGCAAAACGCUGUUCAGCAGUUGCAACGUGACGUGGAUAACGUACAGGAGGGCAGGCAGAUGGUAGCAGCGGAAGCUGAAAAGAAGUUGAAACAGUUGUACGGUGAUGUGUUUGAGCCAGGCUAUGGUUCUAUCAAAGGAUUCACUGGUAGUAUACGGAUGAAAACCGAUGUGCAUCCAACUUUUUGUAAGGCGAGACCAGUACCAUAUGCUUUGCGCGAACAAGUGGAGAGUGAAUUGCGUGACCUUGAGAAAGCUGGUGUGGUGUACAGAGUCAGGCACAGUGAUUGGGCUACACCGCUAGUUAUCGUGCCAAAGAAAACAGGAAAAGAAAUUAGGAUAUGUGGGGAUUACAGAGUCACGGUCAAUCGGGAUAUUGAACUUGACCACUAUCCACUGCCUCUGCCAGAGGACAUAUUCGCGUCACUGGUUGGAGGGACCGUGUUCACCUUACUGGAUUUGUCGAAGGCUUACCUACAGCUUGAACUGGAUGAGCAGGCACAGCAACUGCUCACGGUGAAUACGCACAUGGGACUUUUCAGGUUCCGGCGAUUGCCGUACGGAGUGGCAAGCGCACCCGCAAUGUUUCAAGCCGUGAUGGACCAGGUUUUACAAAACAUACCGGGAACAGCCUGUUACCUGGACGAUGUGUUAAUAGCAGGUAAAAACCUGACAGAGUGCUAUCACCGUUCCCAGCAAGUGCUACAAGCGCUUAGUAAGCACGGCAUUCGUGUAAACGCCGGGAAAUGCAAAUUUUUCCAAGAAAAUGUUUGUUACUUGGGGCACGAGCUAGACAGGCAUGGCGUACACCCAGCAGCAGAAAAAGUAAAGGCGAUUCAAGAAGCGCCAAAACCAAGUAAUGUGACUCAGCUAAAGGCAUUUUUGGGCCUAGUAAACUACUACGCCAAAUUUUUGCCUGACCUAGCAAAUGUGCUAGAACCUCUCCACCAACUGUUGCGCAAGGGCAGCACAUGGAAAUGGUCAAGCCAGUGUGACGCAUGUUUCAGUCGCUGUAAGAAUUUGAUCAGUGAAGACAUGGUCUUGGAACUGUAUGAUGUAAGGAAGGAAAUACAGCUGACAUGUGACGCUUCUGCUUACGGCUUAGGCGCAGUGCUAUCGCACGUGGUUGAGGGCGUAGAGCGACCGAUCGCGUUUGCAUCGCGGACGAUGACGCCUGCUGAGCGUAACUACGCGCAAGUGGAAAAAGAAGCGCUUGCAGUUGUUUUUGGAGUGUAGAAAUUUCAUAAAUAUCUGUACGGGCGUACUUUCAGUGUGAUCACUGAUCACCAGUCGCUAACAGUCAU